UCCCGGUGUUUACAUAGGCGACGUUGUCUCUUGAUUUUCUUCCGGUUUUCCCAACCGGCUCGCUUUUUCCUCUAAUUUCCAUCACGCGCUUCGUUAUAAGUUCUAAGUUAUAACUGGCAACGCCUUCUCGAUUUCGCAAAUCUUCGUUUUUUCGUCUCUGAUCUGACAUCGUAUCAGACUUCAAUACCAUUCGCAAUCUUUCCGGGGACGGAAUUUAUUUCAUCCAGAUCUAGGGACUCGCUCUGUUCUUGAAAUUGGACGUUAUUUAUGAGAGUAAUAUUGAUUCCAGGUUUCAGAUCUCGCAUUUUGGAGGUGAUUUUCCUUGCGCUUAGCCUGAUUUCCUGUUCCUGACAGUUUGAUGAGAAAAUGUGUAGGGAAAAGAUUUUGAAGAUUUAGGCGGAUGGUAUUACCUAGAAAAUUUAUCCAUUUUUUUAGAGUUCAAAUGUAUUUUAUGAUUUAUCUGUAUCUGAAGGUCACUGAGGUUCCAAUCCAAAGAUCUGAGUGGAUCUCUGUGAUUUCAGGUAGUUAUGUUAUUGUGCGAAUUGCAUUUAAGGUGACUUAGGAAAAUGCAUGUUAAAUCUGCACAAUCGUUCCGGGAUCGGACACAGGAGUUCCAGAGUAUAGCUGAGCAGCUUAAGAAGUCUUUUUCAUCAGGGUCAGUGCCAGAUGGGCCGAGUAGUAGCUCAAAGUCAGAGGAACAACGUUCUGCGGUUGCGAUUCAGUCUGAGUUUAACAGGAGGGCUUCCAAGAUCGGGUAUGGGAUACACCAGACAUCGCAGAAGCUGGCAAAGCUGGCUAAGUUGGCAAAGAGGACUUCAGUUUUUGAUGACCCCACCAAGGAAAUCCAGGAACUGACGGUGCUUAUCAAACAAGAUAUUACUGCACUAAACUCUGCAGUGGUAGACCUUCAGCUUCACUGCAACUCUAGAAACGGGAGUGGGAAUAUCUCUAGUGAUACCAAUAGUCACUCAGCCACAGUUGUAGAUGACCUGAAAAAUCAGUUGAUGAGCACCACGAAAGAGUUCAAAGAUGUUCUCACCUUGAGAACAGAGAACUUGAAGGUUCACGAGAACAGAAGACAGUUGUUUUCUUCUACGGCUUCUAAGGACUCUACAAAUCCUUUUGUGCGUCAGCGUCCACUGGCUGCCAGGUCAGCUGCUAGUACCUCAAAUGCCCCUCCUCUGCCUUGGGCCAAUGGGACACCAUCCUCAUCUCAAUCGCUUCCUAGGAAGCAGAUGGAUGGAGAGAGUCAGCCAUUGCUACAGCAUCAACAGCAACAACAGCAGCUUGUUCCAUUGCAAGACACUUACAUGCAGAGCAGAGCUGAAGCUCUUCAAAAUGUAGAGUCCACUAUUCAUGAGCUCAGCAGCAUCUUCAACCAGCUGGCAACCCUGGUUUCUCAGCAAGGAGAGAUUGCCAUCAGGAUUGAUGAGAACAUGGAUGACACGUUGGCAAAUGUGGAGGGGGCACAAGGGGCCCUGCUCAAGUAUUUGAACAGCAUAUCAUCUAAUAGGUGGCUGAUGAUCAAGAUAUUCUUUGUACUGAUCUUUUUCCUCAUGGUUUUUCUAUUUUUUGUGGCAUAGUCACUGCAGAGACGGACAAAAUUGAAAAGAAUGGAGGAAAUGUUGUGUGUUUUCA